UCAUCACUUGCUCAGUGGCUUGGCAUUGGACGCAGACAGAGUGUCAAUUGACAUUUUACAAGACGAUAAUCACUCUUUUGUCUCUCAAUGACCUGUAUAUGGCUUUGAUAUACAUAUAAAUAUUUCAAACCUCGUUUUUAUCAUUGCUAAUGUUGCAGUGUGAUUGAGCGUGUUUGUUCUAGAAGCGCCGGUCUCGCUGUUAGAGCGUAUCUUGGAAAUUGGCUUUGUUCGCUCCGACAGCACACAGACGGCUUUAUCAUCCAGAAUGGACAAUUUGGAGAAAGAAAAUAGGUCUGACGAAGAUUCGGAAUACGAAGAAGAGGAGGUGGACCCUAGAAUUCAGGGAGAACUGGAGAAACUCAACCAGUCUACAGAUGACAUCAACAGAUGUGAGACACAACUGGAGGAUGCCAGGCAGAAGUUCCGCUCGGUGCUGGUAGCGGCCACAGUGAAGCUGGAUGAGCUGGUCAAGAAGAUUGGGAAGGCGGUGGAGGAGUCCAAACCCUACUGGGAGGCGCGGAGAGUGGCCAGACAGGCUCAGCUGGAGGCCCAGAGAGCCACCCAGGACUUCCAGAGGGCCACGGAGGUGCUGGGGGCGGCCAAGGAGACCAUCGCCCUGGCAGAGCAGAGGCUGCUGGAGGAGGACACCAGGCAGUUUGACUCAGCUUGGCAGGAGAUGCUCAACCACGCCACCCAGAGGGUGAUGGAGGCGGAGCACACGAAGACGCGGAGUGAGCUGGUGCACAAGGAGACUGCAGCCAAGUACACGGCAGCCAUAGGCCGCAUGAAGCAGCUGGAGAAGAAACUCAAACGCACCAUCAACAAGUCCAAACCUUACUUUGAGUUGAAGGCAAAGUACUACCUACAGCUUGAGCACCUAAAGAAGAACGUGGAUGAGUUGCAGGCCAAGCUGAGCCAGGCCAAAGAAGGGUACAAGACGGCUCUGAGAAACCUGGAGAUGAUCUCAGACGAGAUCCAUGAACGCCGACGCAACUCGGCCAUGGGCCCCCGGGGGCGGGGUGUGGGCGCUGAGGGCGACAAUGUCGCCGGGGAUGACAUUGCCAGCUUCAAGAUGGAGUCGGAUGGCAUCUCCAUGAUGUCUGAGUCGUUUGAGGAUGAGACCUGCAGCAGCAGUGCCAUGUCAGAGGAGGACUCAGAGACCCACUCCACCUGCAGCCUGGGCUCCUCCUCCCACUCCCCCAACAGCCCCCAGGACCUCCCCUCUCCCUGCCCCCCCUCCUCUUCCUUCUCCUCCUCGCCCUGCCCCCCCUCCUCUUCCUCUUCUUCUUCCUCCUCCUCCUCCUCUUCCCCUGCUCCCUCCUCACGCCCCUGCAGUCUGGACAUUCCCAGCCCUGUCUCGCUGUCUGACUUCGGCCUCAUCUCGCCUGUCCUGGGACCACGCAGCGAGUGUAGCGGGGCGUCAUCACCUGAGUGUGACCUGGAGAGAGGUGAGAGAGCAGAGGGAGCGGAGGGGGAGCUGGACAAUACUGUAAACAACAAGAGCACCACCAUCCCAAACACCAACAAGACCAUGGGCCUGGAGGGCCGCCUCAGCUUCCUGUCUCUUCGACGCUCGCGCAACGACAGCACCAAGAACGCCAAGCGCGAACGCCAAAGCCGUUCCCAGACCCCCACCCAAACUGUGGUCCUGGUCAACGGGAUGUGAAGAGGGAAGCGAAUCCCCAAGCUAACCCCAUCACCGGCUUUGUGUGCCAACAUGCUGUAUUGCCAGUAACCACACACACAUUCCAUUCUACCCCGUGAACUAAUGCUGGCUAAGUAAAGAAAGUGGCUCAGUAUGAGAUACUAUGAACUAAAUGGUCAGUGUAUAUACAGUUCCUAUGGAUCAUGAUGAAGAAGAGACUAAGACCCAACCCAGGGUGGGUGAUUUCAUGAAACCACCACUUCCUAUAGAAAGGACCUUUCACCUUUUGACCUCCCACCCAUAGCUUUGAGUCCUCAGUCAGAUUGGCUUCCCAUAAUUCCCUCCUGUACUCCACACACAUUAAGGACAGUGCUGGCUAACGUCGGGUGGGGGCCCAAGGUAUAUGAGGGGAAAUGGGACAAACAGUGUUGUUUUUUACUGUGAUAUUCUCCCUGAGAGGGAGCUGCACUUCCAGACAAGAUGCGUUUCUGUUGUUCGUAGACUAAAGAAUAUGCUCCUAGCUUCGACUAUUAGAAAUGGAGUGUUAUUUAUAAAACUUGAUGUCACAGUGAAUGUGCCACCUGUUUUACCAAUACAGAAAAUAGUAAAAUACACAACAUAUCCAGCAUUGAUAGCAAUAUGUGUUAUGCUUUUGUAAUUGAAGAGCAUACAUAAGGCCAGGAUUUAAAUUCAGGAUUUCUAAAAAGGAACAAGUACAUUUACGGAGUGAAUAACCCUCAUAACUUGUGAUAUUACUCUGCUAUAUCCUCUCACAGAUACUUGAUAUGUGAAUACUCUCACCUCGAUGUAAUCCUGUGUACAGCAUAUAGUUGCUAUGGCAACUGCUUCAUGUUACCAUGAUGUCCAAACACUCACUACCCACCCCUGGCUGGCAUCUCUUCGGACAGCCCAUGCAUUUGUCCAAUAGGGGUCAUCAGAAUUGGACUUAAAAUAACUGUAUUCUAUUGCACAACAAAUUUCCCAGUGAUCUAAAUGUGAAUCCAUCUCGCCUACAGUACGCAUAAAGCUGGACUUGGAAUCUGAUUGAACGAGAGUAGAAUAAUUGUGUGCGGUGAGGCUACGGUAGAUAUACCCCUCCUCUCUUCCUCCUGGCUCCCUCCCUCCAUCCUGUGGUUCAUCAGUGCCACACUGAUGUGGUACCAGGGAAAUGGGCCUCCAGACAGUCAACCCCCCCCUAGCCCUCCCUCCAUCCAUCUCCCUGUCAUGGCAUCCCCAAUGGCCCUGGACUGAGGGACAACCUCCACCCACAGACAGUAACACUAAGAACUGAGCAAUAGCGCAAGGACAGAACUUUGGAUAACCAUAUCUGCCCAUGGACACUUUCACAUAGAGUUCUCUGUAACGGAAUGAAAAUGGCCAGCCUGGUAAUUCUCAGAAUCUGAUGAUGGUUUUGUCUUGGACCAAUAUUGAGGAGAAAGUGAAACUGGAUGACUGAAUGAAACUGAUUGUGGCGAAGAAUGUUGAGGCCUUUUGUGGAAACUGACAGAAAAAUUGAUAGUGUUGAGAUUUCUGGUGGACAGUAUCAGCUACUGUUGUAGAUCCAUGUUGGCUAAAGUGGCCCGCAGUAGACUGUCGGAUGUUUCAAAUAGUGUUAAAUUGGCUUCCUCUCCUGGUCUCUUUAUGCUCCAUGGCCACAUGGGAAAGGUAUUUGGUCACUGAGUUAAGAUGAGAAUAGUAAGCUAUUGCACAAGAGUAUGCAGUCUUUGUUCUUGUGAUCGCUCCAGUCUAUGUAUGUACUGUAUGUGUACAAAUGUAAUGUUAUAUCAAUGUUUAUCUCUCUGUGCCACCCUCUGGUGUGGAAUAUAAGGAUAUAACCACGAACAGUCCCUCUCAUAGCUGUUUUUUUCCCAGUGGGUCUUGUUAUGGUAGAGUAACUUUCCAUUGUGUCUCCACAGCUUAUGUGCCUGUUUUCAGAAAAUAAUCAAAUAAACUGAUGUUCACUGCA